GAGUUUUUUUGAAUUAUGUUUCAGGAACUUUUGACACGUCAUAAACUAUUAUGUGCCGAAUUUCUGGAACUGAACUACGAUAAGGUAUUCACGCACUACCAGCGCCUUCUCAACUCUGAGAACUACGUCACCCGGCGUCAGAGUUUGAAGCUGCUCGGCGAACUGCUAUUAGAUAGACACAACUUCACCGUAAUGACUCGUUACAUCUCGAAUCCCGACAAUCUGAAACUGAUGAUGAAUAUGUUGAAAGAGAAGUCGAGAAAUAUACAAUUCGAAGCCUUCCAUGUAUUUAAGGUGUUCGUGGCGAACCCGAACAAACCGAAGCCUAUUCUGGAGAUCCUGCUGCGCAACCAGGACAAGCUGGUCGAGUUCCUGACCAAGUUCCACACGGACCGGUCCGAGGACGAGCAGUUCAACGACGAGAAGGCCUACCUCAUCAAGCAGAUAAAGGAGCUCAAGCCCCUCCCCUCGCCGCCCGACCACUAGCCCCGCCCUCCACCCCUGCAACAGGACACUAUGGAGGGAUGAAACGUAGUUCAAUUCUUAAUAUAAAUUAAGCUGUACAGUAUUUUAUUGAAGUAAUAAUAUAAAUAUCUAUGAGUUGUAUUCAUAAACAUCAGAAUGCUAUUACUGUAAAAAAUUCCCGUUUCUCAAUAUAUUUUCUCAGCGCAGACAUCUAUUGCCUUCUUAGGAGUGAACUAUGCUCAAAAAUGUAACCCUUAGAUUGUUUUUCUAAAUUAUGUUCUAUUAUUCUUCCAUAUCUUGAGUUUCAUUUUCGAUUUCAAACUUUUUGUCCAUCAAUGUGUGUUUUCGUUACUAUUUAUUCUUGUUUAGACUUCUUCAUCAGUGUUGUAAGUUAUUUAACAGGCUGUUAGAUUAGUAAUUAAAUUUAAUAACCUAAUUAGUGUAAUUUGUUUUACAAUUGAUAUUGUUUCUCAUUAUUAAUCGCCUUCGGAAGUUACAUUUCAAUUGAAUUGCACUCUAAAAAUACAGUGCAUAAUUCUGUUCUCCGUAAUUCAAUCAAGACUUAUAAUGUUUUUCUCACUGAAACAAUAUUUUUGAGAAAAUUAAACACGAAAAACGAAAUAUAAUGUAUUUCUUUAAGCGUUCUAUUGUACUGCAAUUGUAAAUAUACUUGAAAUUAUAUAAUAUUAUAAAGUGUAUAUUGUCAAUACUAAUUCAAUACUAAUUAAUUUUAAGCUGUUGAUCUACUAUAGAUGAUAUUUUAAUGAACAAUACUGAUAGCAUAAUAUUAAUAUUAUUUCACUUGACGUUUAUUAUGGGUUUAAAAUUGAAUUUUAUCACAAUUAUGAUUUCAAAAAUUGAAUCCCAAACUGAUUUUAAUCAAGUUUUGUUGUAUUAAAUUAUCAUUAUUUUUAUUCGCAA